UUUAAUGUGCAUGUAUAGUACUUGUCUACUGGCACUCCAUUACACUACGCUGUUGAGCAUUGUAAAGGUGAUCAUGUAACUGACAUUAUCAAGUUAUUAAUAACUAAAGGAAAUGCUGAUGUGAAUGCUGGAAAUAAGUGGAGCAGAACUUCAUUGUUUGGUGCUAUUAAGAAUCGUAACAAAGAAGCUGCUGAUAUUCUAUUAACUAAUGGAGCUAAAACUGAUGUUAUGGGGUAUAAUGAAACUCCAUUACACUAUGCUUGUCGUUUUUGUGAAGCUGAUAUUAUCAAAUUAAUAAUAACUAAAGGAAAGGCUGAUGUGAAUGCUGUGGAUAAGGAGAACAGAACUCCAUUGUUUCAUGUUGUUAAGUGGAGUAGUGAAAUUGUUAAUAUUCUAUUAACUAAUGGAGCUAAAACUGAUGUUGUGAAUAAUUUUGGUAACACUCCUCUGUUACUAGCAAUUGAAAAAGGUAGAUCAACUGAAGUUAUCAAAUUAUUGAUUACUAAAGGAAAAGCUGAUGUGACUGCUGUUUGUGAGAAAUAUCAUAUCAAUUCUAAGCUAUCUAGAUCUGAAAUUGCUGAGUUAUUGAUCACUAAGAUGCCAAAGCUUCAUUCACCUGAAUCAAAUAGGAGUAGUGAAGAAGAGAACAUACCCUUGGAACCUUUAGAAUUGGAGAAUGUGGAAUCCCGUCAGACCAAACCAAUGUCCUCUCCAUGGCUGGACAGGCAAGAGAUGUCAACAAGCCCAUUGUACUAUCAUGAUGAGACGUCAGCUGAGCUACAGCAGACUCAUGACAGGGCACCAUACAGGCCUGAAAAGACUACUGCAGUAAGAGUAAUGAUUCAAAAUUUUGCACACACAUGUAUUACAUGUACUUUCAACAGGGACAGAGAGAAGUAA